CUUCCUUCUAGGGUGACUACCUCCUUGGUAGACAGGCGCGCUCUUCACUCACGGAAUCUAGACUAGAUGAGGCGUUCUGGACUAGCGCCACAGAUAAUGACAUAAUCCGGAACCUGCGCCACGACACCCGUCACUUUGAACUUGUUAUAUGACGACAAUUGUUUCCUCAACUGCCGUCCUCGUACUGAAAAUCUUCUCAAAGUCUCGCCCGCCAUGGACGACAUACCUCUUGCGUCUCUCUCACUGACGCACGUUCACUAUAACCCCGCCGAUCGCAUUUCGUACCUUUGCGCCUGGCUUGCCCUUGUUCCCCAAGGACUGUGUGUUGUAUAUGCGACAUUGAUAUGGUCGAACCGGGAGAUUGAGAUAUGUCUCAUGUUCGCCGGCCAGAUGGCCUGUGAAGCGCUGAAUUGGUGUCUAAAGCGACUGAUCAAAGAGGAGCGACCACGUGAAAUGCAUGGAAAAGGAUAUGGAAUGCCUUCUUCGCACGCACAAUUCGUUACCUUCUUCUCGAUCACGCUAACGUUCUUUCUCCUCUUCCGCCAUGUCCCUCACCCGACCGAGACUCACACUCCGCUCACAUUCGCUCAACGCUUCCUUCUUUCCAUUCUCGCACUUAUUUCUGCUGCUGCUGUGGCGGCAAGCCGUAUAUACCUUACGUACCACACCCCGAAACAAGUUUUGGUGGGCUGCGCCGCAGGGGCUAUUUUUGCAAUCUUUUGGUUUGCAUUUACAACAUAUCUGAGAAGAUCGGGGUUGGUUGAGUGGGGUUUGGAAACCACUAUUUCAAGACUAUUCCGUGUUCGGGACUUGGUGGUCCAGGAGGAUUUGGUCGACUCGGGUUGGGCGAGAUGGGAAGAGAGGAGAGCACGGAGAGGGUUGAAGAACGGCUUCGUUGUCCAAGGCAAGAAGAGUAAAUGAAGGUCACAGUAAAGAUAUGACAGACGGCUUAUACAGGGUUCGUUGAGGGUUCGACAAUUUCUGCAUCUUUGACUUUACUAGCAUUGCAUUUGGACGCAUAUGAAGACUUAUCGGCAAGUAUGUUCCACCAAUGGGGCAAACAUGUAAAUGAAGGCUAUAAUGAUGAUACCUCAUGGUUUUGGCCUGUGUUCCCUCACAAUUUGAUACCAAUCCUCUGGCAGGUAUCGAGUAUUUGGUGCCUGUGAUCGAUGGUCUGGUUUCGAUGGUCUCCUUUUCCCAUGAAAAAGGAUCAUUCUCUGCCUGGCCGCGCACCUAUACCGCACAACUGGACGCAGGUCCAAUGCGCAAUGUAAUUGUCUAAAAUAUAUUGCAUUACAUAGCAAUGUUCCUAUACCAG